UUAGUCAACACUUUUUUGCUGCAGCAAACACGAAAUACGACGGAAGAUUAGUAAAAAGAAAUUUUCAUUGCUAAGGGGAAAAGUUGUGUUUGAAAUUCGUAUUAAUAGUAAUUACAAAACGAAAUAUAAAUAAAUGCCGGUGAAAAAUGGCGAAUCGGAUGCCGAGGGCGAUGUGUCGGGCGCUGAAACGGAACGCUCAAAUUCGAGCCAAGCACACGACACAUCUGACGAGGAGGAAGAGGAGGAGGAGGAGGCCAAUGAAUGCGACAGCGAUGAUUCCUCUGAAAUGGAUGCCAGCGAAAUUGAGCGCCGACGCGCCGAAUACCUUGAGGAUUUGGCGAGCUUGGAGCGACAAUUUGGCCAAUUGCGUGAACAAUAUUAUUACGAACGCAUCAGUUUAAUCGAUCGCCAGCUGUCCGAAGUGCGUGCCGGACGAUCCGAGGAGUUCCUGCAGCCACAAAAAGAGCUGGACAAAGUCUAUCGCACACGCAUCGAGGUCGCGGAUGUGUUGCGCAAGUUUCGACUGCAAAACAUUGAGCACAAAUAUCUGUCCGAGGAGCAGGCAGCCGCCCAGCACUUUGAGAGCGAAAAACAAAUGACGAUGGAUUAUUUGCGCGAAGAUCUGUUGGAACGCAUACGACGGCUAGAGGAGGAUCGUCACAAUGUCGAAAUCUCCUGGGACAAUUGGGGCAACGAUAAGCGACAAAGUAAAGUACGAGGUCCUGGACGCAAAAAGGCCGUAACAGUCACCGGCCCCUAUGUCGUUUAUAUGCUGCGCGAGGAGGACAUCAUGGAGGAUUGGACCAUCAUUCGCAAGGCGCUCAAACGUUCCUCCACAACAGCAGCAACAGGAGGCAGUGGUGGCAGCACAGCUGUGGCAACGACAGCAGCAGGCGUGCCCAGCAGCGGAGGAGGCGGCGGGAGCGGAAGCGGCGGAUUGUUGAGCGUCCAAUUGGCGGCCACAGCUAUGGUGGGCGGUGGAUAACGGUGGCGUGCCGCGGCCGCUGCGGCUGCUGCCAACAAUCAUGGACAUCAUGGUCGCAAUGCGGCGCUUAUCUAAAUGAAGCAUCAAUAGAUUACAAAGCGAUAAUAAUCUAAAUCAGUUGGAUGCGAAGUUUUUAACGUUCUCAAUUAUGCGAAUUGACAAAAAAAAGGCAACACAAACACAUUAUGAACAUAAGCGAUUGCAACAAAUUAUGACGCCCCCCCAAACUUUUUGAAAACGAAACUUAAUUGUAAAACUCUAGUGUAAAUUAAUGUAAUAAACUAUAAGAUAUAUCACCCACAUAUAUAUCUAUAUAUAAGUUGUAUAUAUAUAAAUAUAAUUGUAAAACUCCACAUGAAUAUAUAAAAAAUAUUGUGUAAUAAGGAUUCGCACAGUUCUCAACCAAUCAAUCAAUGCAUGUAAUUUAUUAUAUGUAAGACAAAAACUAAAUAAAAUCA